UAUGCAUUAACGAAUUGAAGAAUGUGUUCGAGGAACUUGAGAUGUAACAUAGAAAACCAUUAAAGGGGAGACACCUGCAGUUUUUGUGGUUGGGAAGUUCAUGUUCAAACUUCAAGUUGCUAAAAUCAGGUCAACCUCAGUUGACAAAACACAAAACCGCAGAAAUCCUGGUUAUAUCGAGAAACUUAUCUUGGAAAUUGAUUCAGUUUCAUUCGAAGCCAUUAAGUUCUGCAAGAAAAUAAAACAGCAGGUUUCAUUGGAACUAUAAAUUGUUAUUUUGAACAUUUUUAAGCGCAGUAAAGUACAUUCAAGGGCCAUCAAGCAAGAUAGCAGCCAUUUUGGCGACGGUGUUUUCAAUUGUGUUUUCUAAGGGAAGCUUUGUGCGAAGUGCAUUUGAGCUGCGUGUUUAUUUAACUGAGCUCUCAUCUCUCUCUCUCUCUCGUCGUACCUUAUCUGAGUUCUCUGCUAUCAACCAUGACACAGAUGGUGUUCAAGAGCAAGUUUGAUGACGUCCAAAUUCCAGAGAAGCCCUUCUCCGAGUUCUUCUUUGAGCACUUCGACCGGUACGGGGAUGAAGUGGCUCUAGUGGAGGCAGUGUCCGGCCAGACCUACACAUUUAGACAGAUGAAGCAGCUGUGUGAGAGAGUAGCCAGUGGCAUGCUCAGAAAGGGAUGGAAGAAAGGAGACGUCGUCUGCAUUUUCAGCUACAACAGCCCAGAGUACUGUAUUGCAUUCCACGCCCUGGCAGCAGCUGGCCUCACCAUCACCACGUGCAACCCAGCCUACACGGUGGAGGAGACACAGCACCAGUUGAGGGACAGUGGUGCCAGGGCAGUGUUCACUGUGAAGGAGUACCUACCCAAGGUAAAGGAGAUAUGUGAGGCACUCACACCUCACUGUCGACAUGUGUGGCUCAUGGACCAGGAUGCCACACAGGCCGAUAUUGCAGGGUUUAACUCGUUGAACGGGGAGUUGUUCAAGGAGCUUUUGGAUGACGACGGAUCCGUUUUCUGCAACCGACCCAAGAAUAUCAACCCCAAGCAAGACGUUCUAGUCAUUCCAUACUCCUCGGGAACAACAGGGCUAGCGAAGGGCGUGAUGCUGACCCACUACAAUCUGAUCGCAAACCUGUGCCAGUUGAAACCGAGUAAUUUGCUCCGGCUGGACUACAAACAUGACUCACUCAUUGCUAUUCUGCCUUUCUUUCAUAUUUACGGAAUGGUUGUCAUUAUGUCUCUGGCGCUAUAUCAAGGGGCGAAGGUGGUGUCGAUGAAGAAGUUUGAGCCGAACAGUUUCCUGGCAGCUGUGCAGAAGUACAGAGUGACUGUGCUGCCUCUGGUGCCUCCAAUUGUGCUGUUCCUGUGUAAGAGUCCACUGGUGAAAGACUACGAUCUGUCCUCUGUUCGAGAGAUAUUCAGUGGGGCUGCCCCCUUGGGCAAGGAGCAGGCGGAAGAGGUGACGGCCAAACUGGGCAUCAACUGUCUCAGACAAGGCUACGGGAUGACGGAAUUGAGUCCGACGUCCCACUUCCCCCCUCGAGAUGCUGGUCUGAGACAUGGCUCAGGUGGCAUGACUUUGCCCAACACAGAGUGCAUGAUAGUGGACACCGAGACAGGCCAGUCACUCUCAGUCGGACAGGACGGUGAAGUUCUUGUCAGGGGACCACAAGUAAUGAAGGGCUACUUGAACAAUGAGAAGGCUACAGCAGAAACUAUCAAGAAGGACGGCUGGCUCUGCACCGGUGAUAUCGGACACUUGGACGAGGAUGGUCAUCUUUUCAUCACGGACCGUUUGAAGGAGCUCAUCAAAUGCAAAGGAUUUCAGGUACCGCCAGCUCAACUAGAGAGUAUUUUAUUGACUCAUCCUGCAAUCCAGGAAUGCGCAGUGGUUGGCAAACCAGACGACAGGGCAGGGGAACUGCCUAAGGCAUAUGUGAUGCUACGACAAGGUCACGUGACCAGUGCCCUCGAGAUCCAACAGUAUCUUGCGGAAAAGGUGGCGCCAUAUAAGAGGCUCUCGGGUGGAGUCGAGUUCGUCUCUGAGAUUCCAAAGACAGCCAGUGGAAAGAUCCUGAGACGAGUGCUGAAACAAAAGGAACUUGAGGCUAGCAAGACUAAAUAACACGACAAGAAAUUCAAUAUGAAUGAACGAUAAAUCAUGAAAUUAUUGUUUUCAUAUUCACUCGCAUUAAUAUUUAAUUAAAGCUAAU